CUGCUCCCCAUCCACUCUUUAAUCCAGAUGCUGGUAAUGUCCCUUUCCAAGGCAUAACUAAGAUAAGCUGGAAGGUUCCUACGAGGCUUUGCUAGAGGCCCUGGGAGGUGGGGGGAAAGGCAAGAGGGCAGUGCCCACCCAUAGACCGGGUCACAUGACCUGGCAUCAGCGCUGUGGGGUCCUUUGGGCUUCACCUCCCUCUCCCCUCUGCCCCCACGUCAUCCUACCCUCAUCCUCACCCUCACCAUUCCCAUCCCAUACCGUAAUGUCCCUUGCGAGGCCUAACUCUGUGAGGAAUGAAACCACCUCAUCCUUGUUCCAAUAGCGUGAGUGACCGAAUUUACAAACGAGUGAAUGUGGACCUCUGGAAACAUUACCCAGCUUGUUUUUACUUUUCACUUUCUCUUUCUGCCCCUUUCAUUUCCGUAGGAGCCCUCUACCUAGAUGAGAAGUGUCCCCCCGCCUGGGGAAUAUAUCAGUCAGAACAAUCUUCCUGCAGACUUGCACCAUUAGACCCGAGGGACGGUGGUGCCAUUUAAACCUCAGAGCAGUAGAGAUGGGAUUUCACCAUGUUGGCCAGGCUGAUCUCAAACUCCUGACCUGAGGUGAUCUGCCCACCUUGGCCUCCCAAAGUGCUGAGAUUACAGGCAUGAGCCACCGCAUCUGGCUGAGGACCUGGUUCUUGAUUGUCAUUUGCUUUCUAUGAGACUCUGCUGGGCUCCUGCCUCUCCAGUCACCAGGAAGGACAGCCACCUGGGUGCUUGGUCUUGGAGCUGCCUCAGACCUGGGCUCGUCACAGCUGGGAUCUCUGCUCCCUGCUCCCAACUCCCCUGCCCCCUACAAUGUUCUCUGAAUUCAGUGGCCAGGGCAGUUCAUAUCCCUUUGAUUGAGAAACUGCAUCCCAGUUGGAGUUCUACUCGAAAAUAGAUCCCCCUGGAGUAGCACCGUGAUAGUUCAGCAGCACAACCCCUUUCUAUAUGUAGCCCCCUCCAGCAUGAUCCUAUAAAACUUCCCUCCAGCCUCUGCCUCUGUGCAGACAGCCCUGUCUCUGCUGUGCUGCCCAUUGCAACCUUGCAACAUAUUUUCUCUCUUUCCUACCUUCUCUAAUAAAUCUGCCUUUCUGUAUCCACAACUGUCUUGGUAAAUUCCUUUACCACCCACACUACUGGCUCCAGAUAGUCACUACCCACAGCACUGUGGGUGCUACUCAUUCACACACAUGGGCUCAUCUGAUCCUGAACAUCAGAAAUGUUAGGUCCAGGGUCACACGUGGCCACCCCUUGGCUUCCCUGUCUACCUCCCUCUGAAAUGAAGACACAGGUAAGGCCCAGGGCAGGUUCAUGUGAGAGAAUGCUAAGAGUUGGCAUGAUCACAGCCUGGGGUCAAAGAGGGUUAGAGAGGCCUUUGCCCAUCACUUGUCCAAAUCUGCCUUCCUCUCAUCUUAUGAACCAAGAGAUUGAGGCAGGGAGAGCAAGAGCUGGGAUUGGAACCCAAGUGUAUUCGUUUCCUAUUGAUGCUGCAGUGAAUUUCUACGGGUUUAGUGGUUUAAAAGAAGAAGUAUUUAUUAACUUAUACUUUUUUUUGGUUUUUUUUGAGAUGGAGUUUCACUCUUCUUGCCCAGGCUGAAGUACAACAGUGCGGUCUCGGCUCACUGCUACCUCCACCUCCUGGGUUCAAGUGAUUCUCCUGUCUCAGACUCCCAAGUAGCUGGGAUUACAGGUGCCCACCAUCACGCCCAGCUAAUUUUUGUAUUUUUAGUAGAAACAGGGUUUCACCAUGUUGCCCAGGCUGGUCUCGAACUCCUGACCUCAGGCAAUCCGCCUGCCUCGGCCUCUCAAAGUGCUGGGCUUACAGGUGUGAGCCACCUUGCCUGGCCUAUUUUAUACUUUUAAAGGUCAGACCGAGGUCCAAAAUCAGUCUCACUGGGCUUGUUCCUUUGGGGAGAAUUCAUUUCCUUGCUUUUUCCAGUUCCUAGAGGCCACCUACAUUCCUUGGCUCAGGGCCUCUUCCUCCAUCUUAAAAGCCAGCAGUGUAGUUUUCUGUUUGUUUGUUUUUGUUUUUUGUUUUUUGAGAUAUGAUCUCACUCUGUUGCCCAGGCUGGAGUACAGUGGCACAAUCAGCUCACUGCAGCCUUGACCUCCUGGGCUCAAACAAUCCUCCUGUCCCACCCUCCCCUGUAGCUGGGACUACAGGCACACCCCAUAGCAUCUGGCUAAUUAAAACAGUUUUUUUUUUUUUUUUUUUUUUUUGGUAGUGAUAAGGUCUCACUAUGUUGCCCAGGCUGGUUUCCAACUCCUGAGCUCAAGCUAGCCUCCCACCUCUGCCUCCCAAAGUGCUGGGGUUAUAGGUGUGAGCCACCACACCUGGCCUCCCUGAGUUGUGUUGAAGAGUAUAGUCACCAGGCCAAGGUUCUCUCUUUUUCUCUCAUUCUUCGACCCCAGGCAGUUUUUUUCCCUAGGGAGAGGCCUAGAAUGGCCUUUGUUUUUUUCUUGUUAAAUUCCACAAAUUGGUACAUUCCAAGGCCCCCACCCCCCUGCCCCACCACUGUGAUUCUUCUAUUGCUUUUGGUUGCUUACUAACUACAUUCAUUCUGGACAUCUUAGUCCUCCGUUCCCCUCAUGGGGAACCUGUCAUGCCUGUGAACUGCCAGCCACUCUCAUCUUUCCCAGGGUGGCUGAGACAGUGAGGGUGAGAACGCUGGGCAUGGUGCCUAAAAUCACCCCUUCCCUGCCCUCUCAUGCUGGAGUCAGCCUUGCUUCUCCCUGUUGGCUCUCUGCAGCCUCCUUCAACAGUUGGAUUUGGUGUUAAUUGCAUUGUUCACAUUUUCUGGGUCCUUGGGGGAGUGACUGAUUUCGUGAGAACCUGCUCUCUCUGCCCGUCCGUGUGACUGACUUUGGGAACAGUGCAGGCAGGGAGGGGAGGUGGAGGCAUGGGAGAUCUGCAGGGGCUGCUUUGGCCUAGGUGAGCUGAUGGGGCAUGGGGGUCCUGAGGCCUGGUUCAAGUUCACAUGGUGAGCUGAUGACAGAAGCAGAGAAGCCAGACCUCUGGGUCCCCAUACUCAGCCUUCACUCACAGCAGCUCCCAGGUUCCUUGCAGAGCUUAGGAGCUCAGAGGCCACAGGGUCUCUGGCUGGCUGAGCCUGAGUCAUGUGCCCAUUCUGCAGAGGGUGAGGAGGAGAAGCUGGAUGGGGAUGCUGGCUGGGCAGAGGGUCCCAGGUCUGGAACUCAGCACUUACUGUCAUCAAGUCUGUGUGACUGGCAGGAAGCACUGUUUCUCUCAUAAUUGAGCUGGGAGUUCCUGCUGAUUACCCCAUAAACCCUCCUGGGCUCUGUGCUGGGCCCACCACCUGGACAGGAGUCAGCUUGGGCCACAAUUCCAGGCCCCUAGUCUGGGAGGCAUAACUCAGGCCCUUGGGGACAGCCCAGGAAGGGAAGGGCUGUAAGGAGGAGAAGAGGCAGGAGCCCAUGGUGAGAUUGUCCUAGGGAGAAGUCAGUGCCUGGAGUGGAGUCUCAGGCCCAGUUGCAUAGAUUCAUACCUUGGCCUUUUGCCCAAAUUUAUGUUCCUCUUCAGGAACAAAACUGUGUAACCAUACACUGUGGGUGAGUGUAUUCCUUGGAAGAGUCUUGUAAGUCCACAAGUCACAGACUGCCCUCAGUGUGGAGCUCAGCUGGCUCCCUGCAGCUGGCUGGGGCCCCUUCCAGUGGGCAGUGGAGCUGGGCCUCUCUGAUCCAAGCCCCCUCCCUGCUAUGGCAACCAUGGGAAAGAGCUGGCACAGAUUCAAGAUGGUGUCCAGUGAGCCUGGAGCCCUCAGGCCUGGCUGGAGGCUGUUGCUCUUUCCUCCUUUCUUUGCCAUGGGCCCUGCUUAGCAACCACUCUCCGCCUGACCCUGCCCCAGCACCUGCCCUGACUCACUGCCCAGCUCAUUGUCUAUCUGUGACUUGGGGUCAUCGCUCAGACUGAGAUCUGAGGGGUAGGGCCUGUCCCUGUCAAGGGAACAUGGCAGAGGCUGCUCGUCUGUGUGUCUCCAGUCCUCCCAGCCUCCUCCCCUCUUUUCUUUGCAGAAGCCAUUCCAGGAGAGAUGAAUGUGGCUCCUUCUCCUCCACCCUCCACAGAGUGGCAGGCAGGGAGGGGAGAUGGAGGCAUGGGAGAUGGAGGCAUGGGAGAUGUGCAAGGGCUGCUUUGGCAUGACCCAGGCUCAGUCAGCCAGAGACCGUAAUCCCGGCUGGGUGCGGUGGCUCACGCCUGUAAUCCCAGCACUUUGGGUGGCCAAGGCAGGCAGAUCACCUGAGGUCAUGAGUUCAAGACCAGCCUGGCCAACAUGGUGAGACCCCGUCUCUACUAAAAAUACAAAAAUUUAGCUGGGCGCAGUGACAUGUGCCCGUAAUCCCAGCUACUCAGGAUGCCCGUAAUCCCAGCUACUCAGGAGGCUGAGGCAGGGUAAUCGCUUGAACCUGGGAGACGGAGGUUGCAGUGAGCCGAGAUCGUACCACUGCACUCCAGUGUGGGCGACAGGGUGAGACUUUGACUCAAAAACAAACAACAAACAAACAACAGAGACCCUAAUCCCAGCCACAGCCAUUCAGAGAGUCAGGGAUAAGGACAUGUCUGGGCCAGUUUUCUCUGAGACUUGGUAUUUGCUCUCUGGGAGAGAGAGGAUCUCUUUGUUUUGGAUUAUGAACCAACCAAAGUAGACUUGGGGCUUCCAUACUUUUGUUCUGAUGGGAGAAUGAAGGCACUGUGGUGGACAGCAGAAUCCAGAGAGAGAUGACAUACCUGCCCAUAUUCCCAGACUUUCUGGAUCCAGCCAUGCCUGACUUGGACAAUUCAGUAAGUAUUCUUCCUUGCUCAUGAAGAUUCAAGUUGGGUUUCUGACUCUUGCAGUUGGAUAAUGAGGCUCAGAGUGGCAGGGAGUGGAGGGUCCUUUUCAAGGGAUGCCUUUCUACUCCACCACACAGUUCAGAUGGUGCCAGCCUUGGGGUGGGCUGUGGACCAGGCAGCCACUGGCAGUGGAAGAGAGACAGGCAGCCCCAGGCCCCCAGGAGUCAUGCUGGUGAGAUGGUCAGUGGUGGCAUGGCUGAGGUGGGGACGGCAGGGCAUGAGGACCUGCAACCUUGGAUUUCUUGGAGACAUGUUGGGCUGGCACAACUGGACUGCCACCCUGGGGGUAAAGAUCUGCCCAGCCCCCAAGCCCAGAGAUACCCGGCCUGAUCUAGGCAACCAGUCCUGGGCUCCAGAGAGUUCCUCUGGCCCCGAGGACAUGCAAUGUGGGGUGAAGCAAAGCAGAGACCAGGACAGAAGAUUCACUUCCUCAGAUGAUGAAGCUUACUGUGUCUCCACCGCUCAUGCCAAGAGCCUGGACAUGCAGGUGGGCAUGGAUAGGAACAGCUGAGUGGGAGUGUCAGUGGCACUGGAGUGUGCAACACCAAGUGUGUAUGUGCACAAGCUCUAAGUGAGAAGGGCACUAGUGUGUGUGCACCAAAGCUGUCUGAGCAAAUGUCCACGAAACCACAGGAGGUGGAGCUGAGGGAUGCUACAUGUGAGCGUGUGCCAGGGGUAUCUCUAGGAACUUGGUGGGAGGGGCCCCAGUGUGUGUAUGUGCAUGUGGGCUUGGCCAGUGUGACAAUGGAUGUUCCUCGUGGUGGCUGUGAACAGCCUUACUCUGUAUCAACCCUCCUUCCGCCCUCUUCUGGGCGAUGCCUGUUGCUUGUGUGUGGCAGCAGCUGCUGGAGCCCUUUGCAGAGACCUGGGACCUCGCCACGCCCAUACACGGGGACCCAAUGAUGGCUCUUGUGGACUAUCACGAUGGCAUCAUCGCCAGCACGGUGACUCCCCUGAAGACUUUUUGGCCAGAGGAGCCCAUUUGGCCUCCACAAGGGGCAGGAAUGAACAUUCUCCAAAGGGCAGCCUCCAAAAAUGUCUGCUGAGCAUCAGGGUACAAACAACCCAUCUCCCCCACCUGAGGGCGGGCGUCACUUUGAGGUGCGUUCUACUCUGUGUCUCAGAGUCACCAGUGGGACUGCGCUCAGUGGCCUGCAGUGGUGACCUGCUUGGCGACCCCCUCACUGGCUUCCGCCUUGUUUCCUGCCUCACUCCAUCUGGUACUCCUGGGAACACUUCCCUAACCAAACUCUCGCCCACAUCCUCAUCCCAGGGUCUGGCCCUGGGGCCCCUGUCUCCAUCGUCCUGUGAUGCAGCUUCACCUUCCAUCUCCUUGGGCCUCUGAUGAGCCCAGGUACCUGGGGUGUUCUCCUCGGCCCCUGGCACAGACAGGCGGCAUCUCCUUAGGAAUGUGCAAAGGACCUUGAAUGUGGUGCCAUAUGUGACACACCACAACAUAGGGCAUGUCGUGGAUGGAGGAGCAGGAAAAGCCAAGAGCGUGACAGUCCCAAAGGCCUGUGGGAUCCUAAGUCUUUGUGGUGGGAGCUGGGUGUCGGUGUGGGGUGGUUUCGGUUGGGGGCAGCACAUGGCUGGACACCAUCACUGUGGAAGUUUCUGCAUUCAUUCCCAGGAGGUGGAGCCCCAGAGCACGGAGGUGGCACCAGAGCCAUGCCUAGUGAUGUUCAGAACAGAGGGGUGAUUAUUUUGCAUACAGAGAGGGGGACAUAAGUGUCAGGCUUUGUCCAGAGAGAGAUGCUGGCGGGGCGGGGGUGAGCCCCAUAAAUGGAAUACUUGAAUGGGUUAAACCUCAUAGAACAUCUCAAGGGUGGAAGAAAAGCCCAGGAUUAAAAUGACGGGUUUUGUCUGCAAUUAUGAGUGUUGGUGGGUAUUGUGUUUCAAGGUGAGAGGAGGGGCUUCCUCAUUCUUCAGGGCCUGACUUGUUCACUUUGAGCAGUGGCAGCAGCGAGCCGGCAGGUGGCAGUGUGGGCUCAGGGUGGGGGUGAUAGGCGCAGCAGAGCCAGCCUUGGCCUGUCCAGCAGGGACAUGGGCUGGAGAACCAGAAGGAUGAGCCUAUCUUGUGGUCUUUCCCCCCGCUGCACCCUCCUUCAGGAUGGCACCCCACUUUCAAGGCACUUGGGGGUCUAGGACUAUAUUAAUGGACUAUUCGAAUUUUGGAUUGCACCCCACUUUCAAGGCACUUGGGGGCAUCUAGGACUAUGUUAGUGGGCUCUAUUGGAGUUCUGGUGGGAGGGAAAUGUGACAGAGGAAGGGGCCCAGGCUCUGUCCGCUAAGAGAUCAAUAGCCCAAGCCAUGGUGUUGUGGAGGGCAUGGAAAGGAAGAGGGGAAUUCCUGCAGAGGGUGAGACAACAGCUCAUUUCAGUUUCAUUGCCACUUUCCUCUCUUUCCUGGUGGUACAAACCAUCAGGGUGCUACAAGCCAACUCCUGUUAGAGUAAAACGUGUGGUCUCUGAAGUUCCUAGAGUCAGGUCCUGAAGUUGACGGCCCAUCCUCAUGACGUUACACCAGCCAUGUCUCAGAGAAAUGAUGCCAAGUUUCAGUGAGGUUAAAAAAAAAAAAAGCAACUCCUGUAAGGCACUGACUAUCCAAAUAUCCACAUCAACAGGAAAAUGACAAGGCUUCAAUGGUGCCUAAUCUUGAGAGGUAAUGAAUGGGUAGGGAUUGUUAGCCGGAGGUGUAUUUUCAUUUUGUUGCUAUUCAGUGUUUCCUUUUCUUACAAGUUUCAGAAGGUAUAAACCCUACUCGAGAGGCUGAGGUGAGAGGAUCGCUUGAGACCAGGAGUUUCAACUAGCCUGGGCAACAUAGUGAGACCCUGUGUUUACAAAACUUCAAAAUAAAAAAUUAGCUGGGUAUGGUGGUGCAUGCCUGUAGUCCCAGCUGCUUAGGAGGCUGAGGUGGGAGGAUCACUUGAGCCUGAGUUCAAGGCUACAGUGAGCUAUGUUCAUACCAUUGCACUCCAGCGUAGGCGACUGAGUGAGACCCUGUCUGAAGAAAAAAAGAAAAGAAA